AAUAUAUAUAUAUAUAUAUAUAAGUAAAAUAAUUAUUUCAUUAAAAAAACAUAAAUAAAGAAAAUAAUUAUUAAAAAUAAAUAAAUAAAAAUGUAGAAAAAGGAGAGACAGAGGAAAAAUAUUGAGUGCUCAACUGCCAAAAGUGCCAGCCCACACACCCACAAACACUCUCUCUCUCUCUGUUGAAAAGGAAAAGGGGGUGGGGAGGGAAGGAAUGCUGAUGAUCUCGAAGGCUUCCUCUGCAAUGGCCUCCCUGCCUUGCUCUAGGAUGAGGAGCGGCCUCUGUGUAUGGCCAGGCAUGAGACAACUUUGCCUCAGAAAGGGCCUUUUGUAUGGGUUCAUGCGGCUCUUUUCUACACCGCUAAAAACCUUGCGUGGAGCUAGUCGUUCUCUCAAGGUUGCUCAGUUUUGCAGUGUCGUUAAUAUGUCAUCGUCAUUGCAAAUUGAAUUGGUACCAUGUCUUAGUGAUAACUAUGCAUAUCUUUUACAUGAUGUGGAUACUGGCACAGUUGGUGUUGUUGAUCCUUCUGAAGCGUUACCUGUUAUAGAUGUGUUGACGAAGAAAAAUAGAAAUUUAACAUACAUACUGAAUACUCAUCACCAUCAUGAUCACACUGGUGGGAAUGUAGAGUUAAAGGCAAGGUAUGGUGCUAAGGUGAUUGGCUCAGGAUUAGACAGGGAACGAAUUCCUGGCAUUGAUAUUGUGUUGAAUGAUGGAGACAAGUGGAUGUUUGCAGGUCAUGAGGUGCAUGUUAUUGACACUCCUGGUCAUACUAGAGGUCACAUUAGUUUCUACUUUCCUGGAUCUGGAGCAAUUUUUACUGGAGACACUUUGUUCAGCUUAUCAUGUGGAAAACUAUUUGAAGGAACCCCUGAACAGAUGCUAUGUUCUCUUAGAAAGAUAAUGUCUUUGCCAGAUGUCACAAAUAUUUAUUGCGGUCAUGAAUAUACAUUGAGUAAUUCGAAGUUUGCAUUGUCCAUAGAGCCUGAAAACAGGGCAUUACAAUCCUAUGCAGCACAUGUAUCUCAUCUUCGCAGCAAGGGCUUGCCUACGAUUCCAACUACGCUCAAAUUGGAAAAGGCAUGUAAUCCAUUUCUUCGUACUUCAAGUACAGAGAUACGACGGACGUUAAACAUUCCGGUCACGGCAGAUGAUGCAGAAGCUUUGGGUGUGAUCCGCCAAGCAAAGGACAAUUUUUGAUAUUUUCUAGGUCGUGUUAUUUCUUGUGUAUAGGAGAAAGAUCCAAUUCAUCUGUGAAAUCAACACCAGUACUUAUAGUCCUUUUUUUUUUAAUUUUUUUUGAGUUCACAGUUUCAGCCCGGCUUGGACAAAUAUACAAACAUCUUUUUUCAUAUAUAUAUAUAUAUAUAUAUAUUUUUUUUU